CAAUAUAUAAUUCGAAAAGAUUUUGUAUAAAUGGCAUGUUUAUAUGUACUAGUGAUGUGUAUAAUAGCAUUAGGCUUUCUUUUUAUAAGUCUGUCAACUUUAUAUAAUUUAACUUACUGGAAACGACGAAAAGUUCUUCAUUUGGUAGUGAUGCCUGUAUUGGGUAAAAAUGCAUCAAUAUUUUUUCGGCAAAUUUCUUUCCCUCAACACUCACAAUAUUUAUAUAAUAUGUAUCCAGAAGCACGAUAUUAUGGUACUUUUGAUUUUAAUACACCUAUAAUUAUUAUGAAAGAUCCAGAUCUCAUUCGUGAUAUUUGUGUUAAACAUUUUGAUAACUUCCCAAAUCAUCGAAGCUUCGUUACAGAAGAGAUGGAUCCCAUUGUAGGUCGCAAUCUCUUUUCUUUAAAAGACCAACGAUGGAAAGAAUUUAGAAAUACGUUGAGUCCCAGCUUUACAGCAAAUAAAAUAAAGAUUAUGUUUCAAUUAAUUUCUGAGUGUGCAAAAGAGUUUGUUCAAUACUUUAUGGAACACUUGGAACUAGCUAAGAGUUUUGAAGCUAAAGAUGUCUUUACUAGAUAUACCAAUGACGUAAUUGCUACAACAGCUUUCGGAAUUCAAGUAAAUUCAAUGCAAGAUUGUAAAAACGAAUUUUAUAUUUAUGGGAAAGAUGCUACUUAUUUUUCAAGUCCAUUGAGAUUGAUGAAAUUUAUAUUAUUUCGCUAUUUUCCUAAAUUAUUACGUAUGACUGGAGAGAGGUUUAUGUCAAGAUCCACGAAUAGAUUUUUUAAUCAACUUGUUACUGCCACAGUGAAGAUGAGAGAAGAGAAGGGUAUAAUUAGACCUGAUAUGAUUCAAUUACUAAUUCAAGCUAAAGAUAAAAAUAAUGGCUUAAAUGUUACUAUCGAUGAUAUAAUUGGCCAAGCUUUUAUUUUUUUUUUAGCUGGUUUUGAUACUGUAUCAACUUUGAUGUGUUUUACUGCAUAUGAAUUGGCUGCUCAUUUGGAUAUCCAAGAAAAGGUAAGGCAAGAAAUUGAAAAACAGCUUCAAAUAGAAAAUGGUCAGAUAACUUAUGAAUCAGUACGAAGAAUGAAGUAUCUAGACAUGGUUCUUAAUGAAAUUUUGAGAUUAUAUCCGCCUGCUCCAAUGAUAGAUAGAGUUUGUACAAAAGAAUUUGUUAUGCCACCUUCUGUGAAAGGAUACCCAGAAUAUCGAGUAGAUGUCGGUACCAAUAUAGUAAUGCCAGUUUUUGGAUUGCAUCAUGAUCCAAAAUAUUUUCCAGAACCGGAUAGAUUUAUACCUGAACGAUUUUCUGAGGAGAAUAAAAAUAAAAUUAAUCCCCAUGUCUAUAUGCCUUUUGGCCUUGGACCAAGAAAAUGUAUUGGAAAUCGUUUUGCUUUGAUGGAAACUAAGAUAUUGUUUGUAUAUAUACUACGAAAAUUCAUCAUUAAGUUUACUGAUAAAUCAACGUACCCUGUUAUAUUUUGUAAAAAAACUUUUAAUUUAUCUAUAGAAGGAGGAUUUUUAAUUAAA